CCCUUUUCGACUUUACUAAUACUUAAUUGUCCGAUAUAUAUGCCAAAUGUGGACCGAUUUCCUGUUUAAUAAUGCUUUCCAUUAUAGAAGUCAAGUUCUACCUUCAGGUGACCUACAAAUUACCGCUAAGUUCUUAUUCAACAUGCCUGGGUUGGACAUUCUCGAAGUUCCCGAUAUUCCAGAAGUAAAAUAUGAGUAUCUAGAUCACACUGCUGAUGUACAGUUACAUUCCUGGGGUAAUAACCAAACAGAAGCAUUUGAACAAAUUGCCAUGGCCAUGUUCAACUAUAUGACAACAAACUACGACUCAGUGGAUACUUCAGAAAGAUUUGAAAUUGAAGCUGAUGGUCACGAUAUGAUGUCACUACUUUUUCAUUUUCUGGAUGAAUGGUUAUUCGCGUUUUCAGCUGAUCCAUUUUUUAUUCCACGGAUUGUUAAAAUAACAGAAUUUGAUAAGGAAAGAUUCCACAUUAAAUCAUCUGGGUAAGUUCUGUGCUUUCUGAGAAAAAGAAACCUAAUGUCAUAUUAAUUUAUUGUUAUAGUUGGGGUGAACCUUUUGACAUU